GCUACCAUUUUGGCUAACUCAGUUGGUUUAUUUACAUUGCAAUACGCAUAGCUAUCUAGUCUCGGUGAUUGUUUCCGGUGACGAAUAUAUCUUAAUUCUGAGUGUAGGAUGUAUAUUAGCUAUCUAGUUGUCCUUUACUGGUUUUAUUAAACCAGGUUUUCUCGGUUUUUCUCGGUUUCCUGGCCCUGGCUUGAAUUAGCCGGGACCGGGGAGGCGCACGGAAAUAGCCAGCUAGCUACAAAGCUGGUCCUUUGGUGUUCUAGGUUUCUCUACUCAGUUUAUUUAAAAUAAUAAUAAAAAAGAAACAGUGCGAUUUAGGGUGUCAGCUAUGGCGGUUGUAAACGAAGGAGCGCUUAAAAAGAUGCUUAAGCAAUACAAAUAUCGUGACCUGACAGUUCGAGAGAUCACAAAUGUUAUUCUGCAAUACAAAGACCUUAAGCCUCUGAUGGAUGCUUAUGUUUUCAAUGAUGGAUCAACAAGGGAACUAAUGAGUUUAACUGGGACAGUGCCAGUGAGUUACAGAGGAAACGUAUACAAUAUUCCAGUUUGUCUGUGGCUGUUGGACACAUACCCGUACAACCCGCCCAUUUGUUUUGUAAAACCAACGAGUGCGAUGAUGAUCAAGACCGGGAAACACAUUGAUGCUAAUGGGAAGAUCUACUUGCCCUAUCUGCAUGAAUGGAAGCAUCCUCAGUCUGACCUGUAUGGCCUAAUCCAAGUAAUGAUUGUUGUUUUUGGAGAAGAGCCUCCAGUGUUUUCUCGGCCUACGACUCAGCCUGCCUACCAGGCAUUCCAGGCCACCGGACCCCCAAAUCAGUCAUACAUGCCCGGCAUGCCUGCUGUAUCAGCCUAUGGGCCAAACCCGAAUCCAUGUGGCUACCCCGGAUAUUCUUACCCUGGAGGGAGUGCAUAUCCUGCCACAGGGGGUCCUGCACACUACCAAUCCCAGCCACCAGUCACCACUGUCGGUCCGAGUCGAGACGCCACCAUUGGGGAGGACACUAUCCGUGCCUCUCUCAUCUCGGCAGUGAGUGAUAAACUGCGCUGGAGGAUGAAGGAGGAAAUGGACCGGGCUCAAGCGGAGCUGGAUGCUCUUAAGCGUACCGAAGAGGAUCUGAAGAAGGGUCAUCAAAAGCUGGAGGAGAUGGUGUCCAGGCUUGACCAGGAAGUGGCUGAGGUGGACAGGAAUAUUGAGCUUUUAAAGAAGAAAGAUGAAGAACUAACUGAGGCUCUGGAGAAAAUGGAGAAUCAGUCAGAGAACAACGAUAUUGAUGACGUAAUCGUUCCCACAGCACCGCUCUACAAGCAGAUCCUGAACCUGUAUGCAGAGGAGAACGCCAUUGAAGACACCAUCUUCUACCUUGGAGAGGCUCUGCGCAGAGGUGUCAUUGAUCUGGAGGUCUUUCUCAAGCAUGUCCGCCUGCUCUCCAGGAAACAGUUCCAGCUGCGAGCGCUUAUGCAAAAGGCUCGGAAGACUGCUGGACUCAGUGACCUCUACUGACCCAACCACCAUUGGAACUCCAUUUCUUUCUGUCUGUAUUCUGUUUGUGUAACUCCUAACCCAAUUUACAACACAAGAGACACUGGAGAAUCUGUUAUCCCACCAUGCUGUUGAAUUCUGAAAUUUGAUUGGUCAGUAGAUGUUGAUCAGUUUUCUGCAACAGCAGCUAGGACAGUGGUGCUAACAAGCCGAAUCCCAGGUUUAUAUUAAUGCGCUUAUUCUAACGUUAUCAUUUCUAUAGCAACAACAAAGACGUAUAUGGGUAAAGCACCAUAUAAUCUAAAGCUAAUAAGAUUAAAAACAGUGUUGUUGGUUAACAGUGAAACAGAAUUGUCGAUACAAUGCAGGUUUCUGUAAAGAAACGUUAUUUAAUAUUUAUGGAAAGAGUCACAGGUUUCAGCGGGUUAGAAAAGAGGGUUCGAAUCGUCAAGAUCCGAGGACGUUUCAGUUUCUCCGUAAGCAUGACAGACUGCAUUUUUGUGACCGUUUGCCGGUACUAUAAGGUAAGAUGAGCUUAUUACAUUAACAUUAAGUGGAACGACAUAGAGAUAAAAAUGAUGAUUAAAUUUUUUUUGGCAAGUUGCUGAGGAAUAAAACACUUUCUUGUGACGUGCUGUUAGAGGAAAAUAAUCCACUUUAGCUUAGCUGCAUCACACCCUGUAGUUGCAGUAAUAUUUUCCUAACAGCACCACCCAUUGUGUUUUAUUCCUUACUCAGAUUAAAUCCAGUAAUUAGGAUGGACGCACAAUAACUGGAGGCAAGAUUUGCGGGUUUGAUUUUUCUUGAAGAGGAAAAGAAAACUAAAUUUAUCUAUCACUAUGCUCCUUUUAUCUUUGGUUCUGUUCUGCCUUUUUGGUACUGACAUUGUUUUUAAGCUUUAGCUGUCGAUAGGUCCUUUAUCAUUUUAAUAGCAAAAAUCUGAUGGCUCAGAUUGUUGUUUUUUUUUUCACCAUUUGGUGGUCACUCCAAUAUGUAGCCCAGUCAGUUGCUGCUGCUGCUAUCGUCUACACUCCUUUUAUUUUAUAUUUUCUGAGCCAAACAUCAUCACCUUUCAGGAAGGACAGUGUUGCAAUGUUUAAAUCGUUUGACUUCUGUGCUUUCUGACCACAUCCUGCUGUGUACUGGUUCAGUGGUAUCACUCGUGUAGCUGUUUAAAACGAAACGAACAUUUCAGAUGUUAAAAAUAAUACCCUUUACUGUCUAAUUUGUGAUUGUGACAUUACACGUUUGAGUGAGCGAGCGAGCCUGUACGUCUGAGCGAAUUAGCUUUGGAAUUAGAGCUAAUUCUGUAUUCCUUCAAAUAGGUUCCAAAGGAAUUAAUAAGGAAAUGUUGACAACAUAGUUUAAAAAAAAUAAUAAUAAGUUUAUUCUGUUUAUGUAUGUGUAUUUUGUUUGGUAACUAGAUUUUCCUAAUAGGAAGGGGUCUUUCUUAUUAUAGAGAUCACCCAUUUGUCUUUCCUUUUUGUUUUCAGAUCUGUAGUCUUUAUUAACAGCUCAAUAAAAGAAAGAUCAUUUGGA